AUGGAGACCGAGGCUGUACACCGGCCACUGACCCGCCGCGCGACGCUGGCCUCUUCCUGGGAUGCCGCGUGCGGAGCCCUGGCCCAGAGUCUCCAUGUCACCCGGGUUGGCCUCGGCGCCGCGGACGCCGACUGGGAGGAGCUGCUGGCGCCGCCUGCCACCGGCCAGGAUGAGGUGAUUUUGAAAAGGAAUGUGAACAGCCAAGAUGAAAGCCCCUGCUUCCUUUACCUGAGAUGUGACCCUCACGGAGGUGAAGAAAUCGUUUCUGUGGGCAUUUUAAGUUCAGCCAGAAAUAUGGAAGUGUACUUAGGAGAGGAGUACUGUGGAACCAGUAGGGGCAAGAAUGUGUGUAGUGUUCUGGAUAACAGUGAACAUGAAAAGAUUACUUUGUACAAAAAAUAUCUGAAGUUGGAGUCUUCCACACAUGCUUGUAAGAUAAAGUUGCUCUCCUUUGGUGAAAAGCAAUGCGUGUUCAUCAGUAAAGUUGUGGUACACGUGAGACCAGUUUCGGCAAAUUCUUCAGCAGGAGGUCCUGCUCUAGGAUCGAGGAUAGACCUGGAGAGGGUCCAAACCAUCAUGGAGUCCAUGGGGUUAAAGUUAUCACCUGGAGCUCAGGAAUUGAUGAAUAUGGUUAGAUUCCAGCAGCGGAAUUGUAUUCCCACUGGAGAGCAUCUUCAGUCGGUUUUGGGAAGCACUGGAUGCAAGCCCGUGAUUGGACUGCAAGCAUCAUCUCCUUCGGGAGCCUUCGACAAGUCAUCCUCCACACCUUUUCCUUUCAGAACUGGAUUGACCUCUGGAAAUGUGACUGAAGACCUAAAAGCUUACACGGGUAAAAGUACGCAGCCAGCUGGUGGAGGAAAUGUGACAAGCCCCCAAGCGUGUACAGUUGUGCCACAAAACUAUUCUCUUCUUGAGAAUGAUCUUAAGAACGCAGUAUCUUCUUUCUUACCAAAGAAGGCAAGUGACAACUCACACAUACCUAACUCUGAGUUGCUGCCUUUUCUCCAGAAUUUGUGUAGUCAAGUGAACCAUCUCCGUGUGGGCCCUGACACCAAGUGGCAGGAAGGCAUCCCCAAGCCCGGCAAAGGCACUGUUGGAGUUACAAUGGAAGAGCAAUCCAUUUGUUCCUACUUGGAAAGGAUUCUUACUAAAAAUAUGGAACUGAUGGAAAAGAAACUUACGGACUACGUUGAUCAGCGAAUAUGUAAACUCCAGGAGCACAUAGAUAAUAAGAUUGCUUUAUUAAUGAACUUGCUGCAAAGUCCCGACUCCCCACCCUCUGGGAUGCCUCUAAGACAUUAUGACUCUGGAGAAAGACUUUCAAAUGGAGAAAGAUAAGCACUCAACACGUACCAAGUACUACAGAUAUUUAUUACAUAUUUAUUACAAAGCCAAACCCCCAAAAGUCAAAGCAACUAUUUAAUGUCAUUUGAGGAUCACCGUUUACUUACAUAAAGUGACCUCAGUGUUCAUUUUAACUGUACUGUUAUUGUAAAUCUCGUACUGUACACUAAGAGUUCGCAUGAUAGGGUCAAAUUAUUUUUGUUUCCCAUGUUUUUCACUUUUAUAAGAAAUUCACAUAUACCUCUGAGUUGCUUAAGUGCUCAGAUUUUUUAAGGAUUUCUAAUGCAUUUCAUUAGUUUGUAUUGUAUAUGUGUUUGAUUGAUCUUAAUUUUACAAACAACUUCUGUUUUAGGGGUAUACAAAAUGCUUAGAAUACUUGAUUGAUAUGUUUUCUUUUUCUAAUUGAUUGUUCUUAGAAAACUGGGGACUUAAGACUUGCAACUUUUAAUUUCAGAUCACCAUACUACUUUUUUUAUUAUUUCAGGUAAAAAAUUAGAUAUGAUGUUUGGCAUGUGUAAAACUGGUUUAUAUUGGGGCCAUUAAUUUUGUGUUCUGUCACACUGUAGCUAUGGAUAGAAACGUCAAAUUAGAACCAACCAAUUCUUUGUUAGGAUUAUUACUUUAGAUUUAAUGUUUGAUGUAAAAUGAGAGAAGUCAUCUUGUUUUAUCUCAGUCAUCCCAGAAAGUAGAAGCAACUCUCUCCUUUUCUGAGCUGAUACAAGUUCCUCUUUCCAGAGCCCUUUUCUGAUUAAGGUGGGAAAUGCUGAGGUUCUGGAUUCAAGGACUAAGGCCUAUGAAUCAAGGAGAUUGCAAUUCUCUCUAGCAGACUUAAUUUUCAGAACUUAUUGUAUAUGUGUUGUAAGGUCAUGUAUUUGCAUCUAAAAAAUAAAUGCAUCCAUUCUGGAA